ACACUUGAUGUCAUGUUCGUAGAUGACAUUACUUUAAAUCUUCGUUUAAUAUAUUGUCUUAAUAUCACUAGAUGAUCGAUCUUUUGUAAAAAAAGACACUUAAAUUUCCAAAAAUGUCUGAUAUGGAACGUCAAAAAGAAAUUAUCCAAUAUGUGCCAUUCAUGUCUUUUGUGCAUCCUUCUUUUUGGCAUAAUCUCACUGAAUUAAAAUUAGAUAUCGACAAAUUGAAUGAGACUAAGAAACAAAUAUUCGGUCGUUACACGUACCGAGGUGAUAUCGGGCCGGUUUUUGAAGUGGAUGGUACUUCAUUUAACAAGAAUCCAGGAUCAGAGCACUUUUAUAUAAAUGUAACUGGUAUGAUCAUUAAUAAAAAUACUAUUGAAGAAUUCAAAAGUCUGGACAAAGCUACACUUUUGAACUCAGUUGGUGAAACAUUAUGGAGUAACAUAAAGAAAAAGACAUGGAUUAGCAAACCAAAUAUGUUGCUGAAUUUCUUUGUCCUAUCAUUUGCUGAUUUAAAAAAGUUUAACUAUUACUAUUGGUUUGCCUUUCCUGCACCAAGUAAACCAACCAUGCACCUGAGGGAAAUAUGUUCUGAUAUAAAAUCGCAUUUAGACACCAAUCAAUUGAAUGAUCUUACUGAAGGCUUUAAAUUGUUAGAUGAUGCACAAAAAGCUUUCUUCGCAGUUGUCAAAGAAAAUAACAGGGUUAAAGUGAAAACUUUAACUGAUAUUUUAAAUGACACUAAAGGAGUUAAAAAAGAAGUGAAUGUGCAAAAAAUAUACCUUGUCUUUGCGGAUCCAAGUAACUCGGCCAAACCAGGAUGGCCCCUAAGAUUAUUUUUAGCAGCUUUAUUGGAUCAUUGUCCUGACUUAGUGAAUUCAGAUAUUAAGAUCAUUGGUUUGCGUUGUAAUAUUACUGGUGGUAUUGAAAACAGUCUGGUUUUCAACAUUCAAAUGCCUCAGGAAAUCCACCCAAUGGAAGGUACUGGUUGGGUGGGGUGGGAAAUGAACGAAAAACGCCACUUUGGUCCCCGUCUCGCGAACAUGUCUGCGUCCAUGGACCCUAAAGUAUUGGCAGAAACAUCAUCUGAUUUAAACAUAAAACUUAUGAAGUGGCGACUCGUUCCAGACAUAGAUGUGGACGUUAUGAAGACUACGAAAUGUUUGUUAUUAGGCGCCGGCACACUUGGCUGCCAUGUUGCCAGGGAUUUAUUGGCCUGGGGAUUCCGGCAUAUAACAUUCAUAGACAAUGGUAAGGUUUCGUAUUCCAAUCCUACGAGACAAGUAUUAUUUAACUAUCAGGAUUGCUUGUCUGGAGGUCGCAAAAAGGCUGAGGCGGCUGCAGACAACUUAAAAUUAAUACUGCCUACUGUUAAUAGUAAAGGUAUAGCAGCACACAUACCCAUGCCAGGACACCCUGUAGGAGAGUCUUUGAAGGAUGAGACAGUAUCCAAUAUAAAAUUAAUAACAGAGGCAAUUGCGGAACAUGAUGUUGUAUUCUUAUUAUUGGAUACCAGAGAAGCGAGGUGGCUUCCCACUCUUAUUGCAGCUCAUUAUGGGAAGAUAGUAAUAAACGCAGCACUAGGAUUUGACAGUUAUCUCGUGAUGAGGCACGGCGUAUGUUCCUCGUCGCAAGAGGGAGCAGUGUCUAUCGACAACAGCUGCGUGCCGGGAGGGAGCCUUGGCUGCUAUUUCUGCAACGAUGUCACUGCGCCUGGCAAUUCAUUAAAAGAUCGUACGUUAGACCAACAAUGUACCGUCACUCGUCCGGGCGUGGCAGCCAUAGCGGGUGCUUUGGCUGUUGAAAUAUUAGUUGGACUACUGCAACACCCAUUAAGGGUUGAAGCACCAGCAAUAUACAAUUCAAAUAGCGAUACAAACGACGAGCAAAACAUGCAGGGCGUCCUGGGCCCUGUUCCUCAUAGUAUACGAGGGUUCUUGCACUCAUACCAAACUGUGGUACCAACUUGUACGAAGUUCAAACAGUGCAUAGCCUGCUCCGAUAUCGUCAUCGACUUGUAUAGGAACGAAGGUAUAGACUUCCUACUGAAGGUGUUCAACAGUGGAACUUAUUUGGAACAAGUGACCGGCCUCUCUGAGUUACAUCUGACGGCUGAAAUGACCGAUAUACUCACUUUUUCGGAUGAGGAUGAUUGAAAAUCGACUUUACUUACGUUGCUUUUAGACUGCAUUUGAAAUAAGCUUUAUGUAUAUAUGGAAUUUUUUAAGCUUUAUAUUUAAUUCUUAUAAUAAAAGCUUUAAAUGUUGUUAACUGCUGGUUUUAUCUUACCCUUAAAAUAAUUCUUAUUGAAAUAAAGUACAUGGAAAAAAAA